AUGGUUGUGCCUAAAAUUGUACCACCAAAGACAAGCAAAGGGAAAAGAGCCCUAGAGAAAAGGGAACCAAAAAUCUUUGAAAAUCCCAAGGUUGCUAUGCUUAUUAAAGGUGGUAAUACAAGCCAAAUAGUCACAGAAGCUUUAAGGGAUGUGGGCAUGUUAAAGAAGCCCCAUGCAAUCUCAUAUAAAAAGAAAAAUAUUGUCAGACCAUUUGAAAGUGAACAUUCUAUGGAAUUUUUCUCAGACCGUUCUGAUGCUGCUUUAUUCUUGUUUGGGUCUCACUCAAAGAAAAGACCUCAUAAUCUUGUCAUUGGUCGAAUGUUUGACCACCAUGUAAUGGACAUGAUUGAAUUAGGAAUUCUUGAUUUCAAAUCUAUUGCAGAACAUGUUGGUACAAAAGUUGCAGCUGAAACUAAACCUUGUUUGCUUUUUGCCGGAGAAUCUUUUGAGAAAGAAGCAGAAUAUAAACGCUUAAAGAAUGUCUUCAUUGAUUUUUUCCGUGGCCCUGUGAUAGAUACAGUUCGGUUAACUGGCUUAGAGCAUGUCCUCCAGUUUGUUGCCACAAAUGGUAAAAUUUACAUCAGAAGUUACAGAGCCAUUCUUAAGAAUUCUGGAUGUCAAAUUCCACGUGUUGAACUUGAAGAUAUUGGACCCUCUUUUGAAUUGGUUAUGAGACGUACAAAGUUAGCGUCAGAUGAUUUGUUCAAGAGAGCUUGUAAAGUUCCCAAAGAAGCUAAGAUCAAGAAAACCAAAAACAUUGCUCAUGAUCCAUUCCGUAAUAAGACUGGUCGUAUUCACAUGGAACGACAAGACUACAGCAAGCUUCAAACUCGAAAGGUGAAGGCUUUUAAGUCUUUAAAGAAAGAAAAGGCUGAGGCAGACAAAUGA